AAUGCUGUCUUGGUUCCAUGGAAACCGGCCUGUUUAAGGCAGGGCGGAGACUUCGGCCAACAGAUGGAUUUAGGGGUGCAUAUGGAAAAUAGAAUGUGCAGACCUGUCAUCUCUCCAACCCAUGUCAAUGCUACAGCUUCUGAAGCAUUCACAGUUCUUCAACAAAGGAUGAGAGUAGUUAAGGAACAGACCAGUUCUCUGAGAGAUGACCUACUAACGUUGGACUAUGGUGAAAAAAGAGGUCCGCUGGAAAUUCCAAUCUAUUUAGAAGACACUACUAGCCAGAAAGUCAUUAGUCCUAUCCAGAGUGAAAUAAUUUGUCCAGGACAAAAAGAUAUUUUAUGGAAGAACUGUGAGCUUCUGGUGAAUCGAAUGUACCAUCUGGAAAGUCUCAUCCAGUCCUUGAAGAUGAGCAUCUUUCAUCUACAAAGUGAAAAAGAUUUGAAUCCACAGAAAACAGCUUUUCUGAAGGAUCGAUUGAAUACAAUAGAGGAGGAACAUUCCAAAGAUCUGAAGCUGUUGCAUCUUGAAGUGAUGAGUUUGCGCCAGCAACUGAGAGAUGUCAAAGAGGGAGAAGGAAACACACAAAAUGAAGCUCAUAGGUUGACUGCCACUCUGGAAAUGGCCUCAGAGAUAAAGGUUUGAAAUGCAGCUAUUGAAGAGGAAUUGAAAACCACAAAACGUAAAAUGAACCAUAAAGUUCAAGAGCUGAGGAGACAGCUGGCUUUGGAGAAGCAUGUCAGAGAAUCUCUUGAGAGAUCUGGAUCAGCUAUGCUACUCAAAGUACAGGAAAUGGGAUCAGCAGUGGAAGUGGAACAGAAACAGGUUCACAUUUUGCAGAAGAAUUGCAUUGCCCUACGCAGUUCUAUACAGAGCACCCAGGAACUCCUAAUACAGGAAAAAAGAAAGCUUCAUGAAGUACAAAUAACUCUCAAAAACAAAAAUGAAGAAAAUGCAUAUUUGAGGUCUGAAAUAAUUAUACUUCGUGAAGUAUCAGAAAAAACACAGGUUUUGAAUGACCAACUGAGUAGAAAAUGUUUAGAGCUGAGCAGCAUACUUCAGUCUGUAAAGAUGGAAAAUGCCAGGGUUACUGCUGACCAUCAAGCUAUUAUGCAGGUAGAGCAGAACAUGGCACAGACAUUUCAAGAACAGAACUUACUGCGGGAUGCAGCCCAUGCCAGCAUCACAAGUGAACUGCAGACUGUUCUAAAUGAGAAAGCCCAACUCCAGACACAUCUGGACCAUUUAAUCCUUGAGCAUAACCAGUGCAUCCAGAAAGCACGGGAUGCUGAGAAAAAGGCAAAUACUCAGAAAGAGCUGCUAGAAUCAACAAUUGCCAGAUUGCGAAGCGAACUUGAAGCAUCAAUGCAAGAGAAGAAGUCUCUGCUAGAGGAUAAGGAAAGAUUUCAGAGAGAGAUUAAUAAAACAGAAAAAGAAACAGCACAAGAAAAAUACAAUUUGGAAAAGGAAUUAGCUAACAACAAGGUAGAUUUAAAUGCAUUAAACCAAAACCUGCAUAUUCUUGUGGAAGAAAAUAAGUAUCUGGCAGAUCAAGUGGCUUCCCUUGAAUUUCAACAAGCCACUUCUGAUUACCAUGGGCUUGCCCAGCGGAAAGUAGAAAAGAUCUUGGGAACAAUUACUGAGAGUAAAAAUAAACUGGCCUAUGAAAAAGGAAAACUCCAGGUAAAAGUUAAACAGCUAGAAGAGCAACUACAUUGUUUUACUGAAACCAGUUUACAGAAUGACCAUCUUCGCAUGUUGAAUAAGGCUCUAGAGACCAAAUAUGCUCAGGCUGACUCAGAACUCAGUGCCAACAAGGGACAGACAGAUGCUCUCCUGAAAGAGGUGAAAUUACUUCUUGAAAAAACCGACCAGGAUCUGUCACAAGCAGUGAACAGUCGUGAUGCGGCCUUGAAGGAAAGUCAGAAGUUGAAAGAGGAACUGGAUAUGUUGGAGGACAGGGAAAGCAAAAAGGCAGGAAACUUUCAGCGGCAGUUGGCAGAGGCUAAAGAAGAUAAUUGCAAAGUCACCAUCAUGCUGGAAAACGUUCUGGCUUCUCACAGCAAGAUGCAAGGAGCUCUGGAGAAAGUCCAGAUAGAGCUGGGGCGGCGGGAUUCCGAGAUCGCAGGCCUCAAGAAGGAAAGAGCUCUAAAUCAACACAGGGUUCAGAAGCUGGAGGCUGAAGUGGACCAGUGGCAGGCCAGGAUGCUUGUUGUGGAAGCUGAAUACAGCAGUGAGAUGGAACCUCUUCAAAAAUCUCUAGAUAUAACUAGAGAAGACAACAGAAAACUCGCCCUGAGUCUGGAACAAGCUCUCCAGACAAACAGUCAUCUGCAAACUAAGCUAGAUCAAAUGCAAGAAAAACUGGAAAACAAAGAAAUUGAGAGGAAGAAUUUGGAAGCCUUCAGAGAACGGAUGACUGAGGAAUCCAAAAUGGAAGCAGAAGUGCAUGCAGAACGCAUAGAAGCUCUAAGAAAGCAGUUCCAGACGGAGAGAGAAACUGCAAAGAAGGCGUCACAGCGGGAGCUUGCUGAGGUAAAGAAAGCACUUGAAGAGGCCAAUUUCAGAUCAGUGGAAGUGUCCCGGACAAACAGAGAUCUGCGGCAGAAAGUCUCAGAGCUGGAAAAAGUAAUGAACAGUAAUAAGGAGAAACUUAAGAGUCAAAAGGCCCAAAUAAAGCUCUAUUUGUCAGCAAAGGCAAAUAAUGCUCAGAAUGUAGAGAGAAUGAAGCAAAUAGAAACAGAAUUGAGGCAAAUGGAGAUAAUUAAGGAUCAAUACCAGAAAAAAAACUAUGAGCAGUCACUGAGUAUCCAGAAAUUUGUAUCUGAAAUGGCUACCCUGCAGAAAGAGAUGCAGCUAUUAGCCAGGAGCCAAUAUGAAACCUCAGCACGGAAUAAACAGCAAGAGCUGCGACUAGCAGCAGAGCGGAGAAUGAGGCAGGAGCUAGAAAACCGAUGCCAGGAAUUGGAAGAAACUAUCAGACACCUGAAAAAAUGUAAAGAGGCAACAGAGAAUAAAUUGAAAGAAGCUAGCAUGGAAUCAGAACAGAUAACAGCCAACCUGGAAGAAGCUCACCGCUGGUUUAAGUGCAGAUUUGAUGGCUUACAGCUUGAGCUGUCAAAAAACAGGUUGCAGAGGCUCCCCCGGGAAGACAGGUGGCUAGAAGAGGACCAAGACAACAGGCAUGCUAUUGAACCCAACCAGUCUGCUCUGCAUCGAUGGGAGUCAAAGCAGAAUCUCGGGCUUAUGCCCAAGAAGUAUCAUUCUGAGACAGAGAGGAAGAAAUGACCUUCAAAGGAGCUUCAUCAUGUGUAGCUAUACUUCCACAGUUGGGAGAGCCAGAAACCAGAGCUGGCCUGUUUCUACGUCAUAAGAGCAUGAAGUCUUCAAUGUGGGCUGAAGAUUCCGGACCUUAGUUUAUUCUUUAUGAACUCUUUUAUAUCACUGCAGAACUAGCUCAUCAUCUUGUCCUUGU